UGUAUGUACGUAUCUUUGGCAGACAAGCUCACAGACAAUGGCUCAUCAACACCGGCGGGGCUAGUAGCUGCAUCACUGGCUCAUGCCUUCGCCCUGUUUGUGGCGGUUUCUGUCGGAGCUAACAUCUCUGGUGGGCACGUAAACCCUGCCGUCACAUUUGGUGCCUUUGUUGGUGGCCACAUUAGCUUGGUCAGGAGUUUUUUGUACUGGAUUGCUCAGUUGCUUGGAUCCGUUGUUGCUUGCUUGCUUCUUAAGCUUUCAACUGGUGGAUUGGUAAGACUUGAGGAAAACAAAAGACAAUUCAAACCUAAAAAUUAGAGAUAGAAAAACUCAACUAGGU